AUCCAUAAUCAAGUCCAUAAUUAGUCGGAACUCUUUCCGAUUCCAAUCUCACCAAUAAAUGAGCAUUAAGCGUUUUAUACCUCGCUUAGAUAAUUUUCAUGAAAAGUGGUUCGAUCUUAUUUUCAGUAGUUUGGUGGCCUCCAGGCGAAGACAAUCAUAUAAAGCAAAAUGGGGUCGCAUUUUUAUAGGACUGCAUUUUUUGCAUUUGUGCUAGCCACAGUUUUUGUUGAUGACACUUUGCCAAAAAGUAUGAACUAUGAUCCAUCUUCGAUGUUGUUGAAAUUUAAGCCAGGCAUUGGCGUUUUAGCUCUUACGAAUGACAGUUGCGUGGACGAUCUCCCGUUUGCAGACCCUGAUGAUACAACGUACUAUUAUCAGUGUUUUUGGGUUGAUGAUGGAGCUGGUAAUUCCUUUUGGUACAUAGACCAUGAUCAAUGUCCAUCUGGAGGUCAUUUCGAUCCGAUAGCUCUUGCUUGUAUAGAAACUCCAGUGACGACGGGGCCAACAACAGAUUUACCAAGUACCACUGAAAUUCCCUCUACUACGGAAGAAAUAACAACUACACAGCUUCCCUCGACAACGGGCGUACCUACAACAACCGAGCCACCCACCACGACCGCAGUUCCUAUCACCACCGAAAUAACGACGACCGAAAUUCCAACUACCACUGAAGUUGCAACUACUACCGAAAUUCAAACUACCACUGAAGUUCCAACUACCACUGAAGUUCCAACUACAACCGAAAUUCCAACUACUACCGAAGUUCCAACUACCACUGAGGUUCCAACGACGACCGAAGUUCCAACUACCACAGAAAUUCCAACUACAACCGAAAUUACUACCACGGAAAUUACCACUGAACCUCCUACCACAACUGAUUCCGCAACAACAACAGAUGCUCUAACUACCACCGAGUCACCAACUACAACAGAGCUUAUUACCACAGUUGAGGCAACUACAACCACACCCGCUCCUACUCCACAAUGCCCUGCAGAAGGAACUUUUCCUGAUCAACAAGACCCAACAAAAUACUUCCGUUGCAUUAUCAUUCUAGGAAAAUUUUACUAUUACAUCUUCACGUGUCCAGCAGCAGCGUGUUUUGACCCAGCGAAAAACUUGUGUACAUUCAGCACUUGCCCUGUUGUGACCACAACCGUCACCACAACAACUUUGGCCCCUACAACCACGCCUGCACCAUUCACGUGCACAACAGAAGGCACGUUCCCACAUGAAGACUGCACCAAAUUUUACAGGUGCAUCACCGUCGCUGGCGUACUGCGAACCUACGUCAUCACUUGUCCAUCAAACAGUUUCUUCAACCCCACAAGUUUACUGUGUGCUAUUGGAUCUUGUAGCCCCACAACAACUCUCGCCCCCUCAACUACCCCCUCAGCGCCCGGAGGAACAACCGCACUAGCAACUACGACGCCAGCCCCAACAACACCUUCUCCUUUGCCCAUCUGCACCACGGAGGGUGUAUUUCCAGAUCCAUCAGACUGUGAAAAAUACUUCAAGUGUCUUCAGUUAAACGGAAAUUGGUACAUUUAUUUGUACACGUGUCCGCCCGAAAGUUAUUUUGACAAUAGUGUUCCUGGCUGCAUGUUAGGAAAUUGUCCUGCCACAACCCUUCCUACUACACUUCCAACUACAGUACCAACUACAGUACCUACUACCGCAGCAACUACACUCUCAACUACGGUACCAACUAAGGUUGAAACUACCGUAUUUGCCACCACGACCCAAGCCCCAUUUAAUUGCACGGACGCAGGGACUUUUGCGGACCCUUCAGGCUGCACAAAAUACUUCACCUGCGUCUUGAUUGCAGGAACACUGCGAACAUAUACUUACACCUGUCCCGCGGGGGCACAUUUUGAUGCGGUCAAGAAGUUGUGCGCGCAAGGGACAUGUUGAAAGCCGGAUGGGUUUUUACAUAUAAAAAUGUAAUGGGACUUAAAUGACACGAGUACGAUCUAUUCCUAGUUGACUAUCGCAUAUGCAGUUAAAUAGGAUAAUUAGUUCGUCAUUCUUAAUAUAUCUUCCCUUCCUUACGCCUGCCCAAUUACUGUGCUUUAUGUUUCCCUUUUUAAUUAAAGAUUGUGUCAAACAUUAAUUUUAUUAUAUUGGGUGCAUACUAUAAUUUAUUAGAUACCUGACGUAUCUGAUUCACUGUGUGCAUGUUUAUAAAUAAAGUGACUAAUAAUAAAGUACCAGAGGUGUUUAUACAAAUA